AUGCCCGGCUUCACCGAUUCGUUCUGGUCCACCGACUAUGCUGGGGGUUUGGGAGUGCUUUUCCAGAAGCUUCAACAGGGCGUGGUGGAGAACCAGCAGGUGCUCACAAUUGCGAGCAUGAGAGCAGAUGCGGAAGAGAUGUACAGCGACCGUCUGGGAGAUAUAGCCCCGACCAUUGAUCGGAUGACGGGCGGGUUCGCAAGAGAUGAUGGCGCAAGUACAAGAAAGGCAUACGAGGGCGUCCGAGGCGAGAUGGUCGAGGCCUCCAAAAACCACCGGAAGAUCGCUGACAAUAUCCGCGAACUCGUGGUUAACCCCUUCUCGAGAUGGUGCGAUUCACACGCUGCACGGAUACAAAGUUCACAGGACGACCUGCAGGCGAAGAUCAAAGCCCACGACAAGCAAGCAGAAGUGGUCAAGAAGCUAAGGAGUGCAUACUUCAACAAGUGUAGAUUGGUCGAGGAUCUCGAAGAGGAAAACAAGAUGGCAUUCGCCGGACCAGCCAAGGAGAGUCCUAAGCCACAAAGUCCGCCGCCGCCCAAGAUUGUCCUUCCAGAAGAAGAAAUGGAAGAGUUACCGGUUGAGAUUGGGGACGAAACAUACCCGCACGAAAAGCUGAAAUCGCUGCUUACCGAUAUGCUCGAGAAGAUCCCCCUGGGCGAACACAAGGUCCCUAUACUGGGCGUGUAUCAGAACGUCUCCGCUGGUACGGAUAUCACCGAUUACAUCCAGAAACACAUGAAGGCGUCGAGCGUCGGGUACGCUGAGAAGAUUGGACAAGAUUUGAUUGAUCGUGGGUUCUUACGUCUGAUAGGAAACAUGGGCAACGCAUUCGCCAAUAGCUCAAGAAUGAAAUAUCAAUGGAAGCCGCGAACUUUUCAAAUAACGGGCGUGCCUGAGAAGAGGAGGCCGUUGAGUAGAUCGACUACCGGCGCAUCGGCAGACGGAAUUUUGGACUCGCCAACAGUUGGAAAUAUCACCGAGACCUUGCAGAGCUGGAACCCUCUGAACAACCCAUUUCCCAAUGAGACGCAGGCGGACCGGCUGAAACGCGAGGCUCGAGAGGCGGACGAGAAAUACAAGGCAGCCGUCCGGAGACUUGAUCUACUGAGGUGCAACCUCGAAGAAUCGAUGAUGGAUCAUCUCAAAUUCCUCGAGCGAUGUGAAACAGAUCGUCUGAAGGCCAUCAAGGCUGUAAUCCUGGACUUUUCGGGCGCCAUCAGCAACAGUAUCCCAUCUUUCCAGAGCCAGGUUGACCACAUGAUGCUCUACCAGGAAACUAUCCAGCCAAUGGGUGACUUGCGAUAUCUGCUUGAAAACUACAGGACGGGCGCGUUCGUCCCCAAGGUCACACCAUACGAAAAUUACUACGGCAGCGUGGACGACCAGACCUUCGGUGUUGACUUGGAAGCGAGAGCGAGAGCAGAUCGGAAAAGAGUGCCCAUCAUUGUCACUUCCAUACUAACAUUCCUCGAUAAUCAUUACCCUGACCUAGAAGGAGACCACGCGAGACGAAAUAUCUGGCUUGUGGAUGUCCCUCUGGCAGCAACCCAUCACCUGCGCAAUCAGAUCAACAAUGGUGCUCCAGUACCCCUGGAGAUCCUGGAGAAAUACGAGAUGCCCAUCAUCGCGAGUGUGCUGAAGUUGUACCUCCUCGAAUUGCCAGAUUCGCUUGUCUCUUCUCAAGUGUACGAAAUCAUCAAGACGAUCUACGCAACGACAUCCGACGCAAUCCCAAACCCCAUCUCAACCGACUCAGUCGACGCCUUGCCCAGGAUCAAAGUCUUACAAUCUACCCUUGGCCAGCUUCGUCUCAACAACAUCGCAACUCUCGAUGCCAUAGCCACCCAUUUCACCCGCCUAAUUGACCUGACAUCGGCAGAUGAAGCAUAUGUCUCGGCACUCGCCAAUGUCCUAGCUCCAUGCAUCUUACGCCCACGGACUGAGAAUUCCCUGACACUGGAGGAGCGUUUUGCAUAUCGGCUGAUCCGUGACCUAUUCGAGCAUAAAGAAGCCAUCUUCGGUGAACUCAAGCGGCAAUCAUCCACCCUCUCAGGAUCAAACAGUCUCUCCCACCGUCAGCGUGCGGUCAGUACUACAGACGAGAGCUCUCGACGAGCGAAUAUGGAAGCUCGCGCGCGUGCCAUCACGGAACAGAGAGAACAAAGACAGCGAGAAAAGUCGCCCGCACCCACGAAUCGACACAGGCGAGAUAAGAGCACGGAUGGGAGCAUGGGUCGGUUUCCCGUCGUUGCGAGUCCCAGGCCCGAUGGGGGCCAUGGACGAAGUGUAAGCAGUGUGGGCUUGCCCUCUGCCACGAAACGAGGGAGUCUCGAAGUUCCUGGAAGCAACGAGUCCUCGCCCAUUCAAGUGAGGAAUCAGAGUGCCGUAGAGAGGAAUGCAGCUACGCCACCUACGGUGAGAAACCCUGAGGGUAUGUCCUCAAGCUCAAUCACCACAAACGGUCAAAGCCAUGGUCAAGAUCAUAUGCUCUCUUCACCAGAUUCGAUCACAAGUGCGAGCGUGAAUCUACCUGGUACAUUCAGUGGAGGAGGGCCGGGCCCGCAUAUUCCUCCACCCCUAGACGAUGACGAGCAUGAUCAGGAAUCCGAUACUUCGCCUGUCCCUACAUCUACAGCCUCAAAUACUGGAUCUCGGCCGGGAUCACUGAAGAGCAACCGCAAGCCCGUUGGUGUUUCGAGGUCAGCCGUUUCAGGGAGCCUGAGCAGACGACUUGCCAACUCUAGUGUUAAUUCUGGUGGCCAGAAUGAAGAAGCCUCGAGCCAUCCUACGGCAAGUGGUCAGGCUCAUGGCGUCCAGUUGGUUGAUAAGGCUAUGGAUGACUUUUCCUAA